UGCAGUGGUGCUCUGUUCUUUUGCUCCUACUCGUCCGUCUCUGUUUUCCUGUUGAAAUCGAAACAGGAUAAAUCUGAAGUGAGGGACGAAAAAGAAGAAACGGGGAAAAAAUCGGUUACUUUGAGCGGAUUGGAUUUGCUGUUUAUUUUCCGGAAUUCACAUUUUACUUUCCGGCAAUGCUCCCAAACGACCUAAGGCCUGGACUGGCACGGAUUAAAAAGUGCAGGCUUUUUUAAAAAUAAAAACACUUUACAAUCGUUUGGACAACUUCUGCGGGUGUGAUUGUUUAACUUCUGGUUUGUAGAAAAAUAUUGUGUUUGAAGUAUUCUUUGCAAUAAGACGUUCAACAGCGCGUGCGAUUGAUGUAACACAGGAAUCGUCUGCGUGAAAAAGUUUUAAUUGACACAGAUUCGCAAUGCACACGCUGAAGAUUCUACGGGAUAGUACGCAUAAAGGACUCUUGGUGAAUCCGAGUGUUAUAUUUUGGAUCGCUCUUGGACUUGCUAUCAACGCUACUCCUAUUGUUGUCGCCAAAACUACGGAAAAAGGUGAUACAAGCACUCAAGACAUAGGAUGUGUAACAGAAUCAAUAAAUCAAACAAGAUCAAAACCAAGGAGGUCACCAAUUUUAGUUGGACAUUCCCAUUUAUUAUCAAAAGUGGAACAACCUACUUUUGACACAUCAGUGCCAAAAAACAUUACUACUCAACUAGGACAAACAGUCUACUUACACUGUAAAGUGCACAAUUUAGGAGACAAAACGGUGUCAUGGAUACGCAGAAGGGACUUCCAUGUACUUACUGUGGGACUGGCAACUUACACUGCAGACGACAGAUUUGUGGCUGUCAAUAUGGAACGUUCAGAAGACUGGAUGCUUCAAGUGAAAUUGGCCCAGCUAUCAGAUGAAGGGCUUUAUGAGUGCCAAGUCAAUACUCAUCCUUUAAUUAGUUACUUUGUUACACUUAUCGUUCUAGUUCCUAAGUCCUCAAUACGGGAAGCUCCCGAUCUAUAUGUGAAGACCGGAAGCUCAAUCAACUUGACAUGCGUCAUCAGUCAAAGUCCUGAACCCCCAGUGUUUGUCUUCUGGUACCACAAUGAGAGGAUGAUCAAUUACGAUUCGUCUGGUGGAGAGAUUACUGUUCAUAAGGCUGGGCAAGAUACAGCCGUUAGUCGCCUCUUCAUCAAAAAUGCUCAGCCUAACGAUUCCGGCAAUUAUACUUGUUGCCCGUCUAACGCAGAUGCUACCAGUAUUAGCGUACACGUGCUCAAUGGUGAAAAAAGAGCUGCAAUGCAACAUGAUUUGAACACUUCUCCUGUAGCCAGGGCUUCUUCAACCAUGGACCAAUACUUGCGAGUCUUCUGGGUUGUGCUGCUUUCCUGUCUAGUUUUGUCGUCCUGACGCCAAUGACGGGAAGCUGAUCGCCAAAUCAGAACUGACAGUCCGUCCACUUCUCAGCCACACUUUUAAUACAGGUAGAUGAUCAUUAAUAAAGUGCUGCAGCAGUAUCGCUAUCUGAAGAGUCAAGCAUGAAAAAAAAAAAAAAAAACAAUCUUAAUAGAUUUGUAAAGUACUUCAUGUAUCCAGAAGGAUAUUGACUAGAGCUGAUAAGACUAUUUGUAAAUGGAAUUAAAAAAUGAGCUACUAAACGUCCAUUGUUAUGACAGGGCCAAAAUUACUAGUUAGUUUCAACAAUUUCAAUGACUCCUUUCGCACCGUGCGGCUUGAUUUUGUGGCAGAAAUACAGUGAGAUGAAAGUGAUACUAUGCAGCAUUCAUAGAAAGAACCAACAAAUUACAGGAAAAUAUCUACUGAUUUCCAUGUUUAUUCAUAUCUGUGUUGUCUUCUGAUUUAACGGCAUGACGGUGAACCUAAAACACUUUCUUCAAGUUUGUGUCCCGCAAUUAUACUGAAUGCCAAAUACUCUGACAAAUUACGUUACCUGGUGUGCUUAUACCAAAGUGUGGGGUUUUUUGACUUCUAUGUAAAGAAUAAAUGAAAAGAAAUAUAUCUAUAUAUAUAUAUGAUUAUAUACCGAUACAUAUUCUUGUUUGUCUGGAACAGAUUUUCGAAGGUGCUUCAUAUUAUCAUUAUAAAUAUAGAAUCAAUAAAAUUUCGUGACUUUUCUAGGAACGAUGACUAUCGAAAAGAUUGUGCUAUUUGUCUGUAUAAUGUACCAUAGUUUUGGAAACUCUUCGUUACUAAGACUUGAUAUAAAACAGAAAAGGCCUUACUACAGGCAUUUUAUGGCUUUUCCUUCAAACAGCUUUGAUUUUUGUUCUUUGUCUAAACUUUUUUCCUUUGUAAAAAUGAAAUAUACAGUGUAAGUGAGAAGCAUGCAGUUGGAAGAUCUACUUUUAUUUAGUUGGCAUAGAUGAUAAACAAGUGAUUUAUUACAUCUGUGGCUAACUACUGCGUGUUCUGUAACAUGAUUUGAAGCUCAAAUUGUGUAAUAUAUUCCAAUGGAAUAAAUAAAAG